CAUCCCACAGCAGUACACAACUCCGCACUCAUUCAUUGGUAGGGUCAAGGAGGGAAGCUUCACAUUUUACUCAUUUCCACCUCCCCCUGACCCUCCCGCGUGAUCCCGUAGUGCCAGCAGUGCCAUUAGAACCCUGAGGAAUACAACCCGAGUGCCAAAAGUGUCUGAGAGUGCCUGGAAAUGCGUUAAAUAAGGGUGUGAAUGCCUCUUCCCAGCGGUGAAUCCUCGUGGUGAGCUUGGUGAGUCAGGGAGUGAGUCUUGGUGAUGGAGGUGCUGCCCGGAGGUGGUGGCAGCUUGACACGGCAGCUCACAGCUCUCUGCUCCCCCCCACACCCAGCAGCCCCUGACCCAGCCCACACCCGGGCCACACUUGUCUCCUGCCCCGGAAGCUUCCUGGCAGCUCAAGACCAGCCUUCCCCUGGCCCGUGGAGCUUGGCCUCCCCAGGCCCCCGGCAACAGUGUGACGGGGAGGAGAGUGUGUUUGGCCGGGUGACAAGAUGAGCGGCCCCGUCCAGUGCCUUGACCGAGGGGCUGACGCCGCGAACGGUCCCGAGUGUGCGUGUGUGUGUGUGUGGGCGUGCUGAGCGGCGGGGAGACACAUGCCCGACACAGCCGCCAGCCGCCACCACCAGUGUGACAGAGACCACAGUGUGCGGCCGCCAUGCCAGCCACCCCUGGCAGGCAAUGAGGAAGGCCGAAGUGAUGAACGUUGGCCCAGCGGCCGUGAUGGGCCGGGGCACCGCGGGCCGUGCCCUGGCCGGGCUGGGUGGGCCAGUGAGCUCCCUGGACUGUGGCCCGCUGCUGGGGGCGGCCCCGGCCCACUCAGCUAAUGUUAUCAACAAUAAUGUGGAAGCCAACGGCCUGGAGGACACGGCAGCCAACAACAACAACAAUAACAACAACAAAACCAGCAACAGCAACAACAAUAACAACGGCAGCAGUGGUGGCAGCAGCAGCAGCAACAACAGCAGCCAUAAGUCGAGUGUGGGGCGGCGCAAGGGGGGGGAGGGGUGGGUCGGGGAUGGGGUAGAGCAGGGAUCGCUGGGCUAUGUCAGCGAGCGCGUCCGAGCGCUCAGCAUCAGUGACAGGUCGCGGGGCGGCGGCCACAGGUUUGGCUCGGCAGACCUCCGGGCGUCCUAUAAUGAGCGGCUGCGAUCAGGGCCAACCAGCCUCCAGCCUCCGGGGCGGGCCGGGCCAGGACCACGGCCAGGCCAGGAGGUGGGCGGGGGCUUUGUGUACCUGCGAGGGCCCAUGGCUGGCGGAUUGUACCGCAGCAACUCCUCCCUCGACCUGGAGCAUGAAGGGGAGGAGCCGCCGCCGCCCUCACCGCUGCGCCGUGAGUACGGCUCCCACGGCUCCAUUAAUGUGGCCGCCGCGCCGCCGGAGGCACUCUACUCCAUCCUCAGGGACCUGCAGCCCCCCAGCCAGGCACUCCGCGGCACCCAGAGUGAGGUCAGCGGGGCGCCAGUGCCAGGGGAGGCCGAGGCCACCUCCCCAAAGGCGCGCUCCAAGUUCCAGCGGCUCUGGGACCGAGACAAAUCAUCCAUCUUCAAAAAGCUGCGGUCUAGUAAGGGCUCUGAGGCUGCCAAGGCCGACAAUGCUUCAGACUCCAGCGGGAGUGGGGCGGGGCGGUCCCAGCGCCCCACUGAGGCCAACGGAGACUCUGACAGCAGGGGGGAAGAUGUACCGGCCGGCGCCCCAGCCAGACGCUCGGCGUUUGCCCACUACGACUGCCGGUCAAUGGCCGCUCAGUUCAGCACCAGCCAGACCCGGCAGCUGUUGGCCGAACGCUCCAACACCACCACUGGCGCCUCGGCCGCUGCCAUGGCCGCGGCGCCACACCAUGACAGCACCGAAGACCUUGGCCCCGAGGAGCUGGACCCGGGGGACGGCCGCAGCAACAGCCUCAUCAACAGCUGCCCGUUCUUCCGCAAUGAGUUGGGAGGCGAGGGCGAGCGGGUGGUCAGCCUCAGCAGGGACUGGGGCAGCGGCAGCAGUGGUGGGGGUCCCCUAGCAUCCGCCAGCCUCCACCGGCCUGUGGCCGCCUCCACGCUGGGUCUGCUGGAGCCUCUGCCAGGACUGUCACACUGGCAGAUGACCCUGUGUCCCUACGUCAGGAGUCCCCUUACGGUGGAGGCGGUGGACCAGGGCGCAACCUACUACAGGAACUACUUCUGUGGACAAGAACACCACAACUGGUUUGGCAUGGAUGACACGCUGGGUCCCGUGGCCGUCAGCAUCCGGCGCGAGAAGGUGGAGGAGGCGAUGGACAGCGCCCACAGCCUGCCCACCUACCAGCACCGCCUCAUCGUGCGCAGCGCCGAGUUGUUCAGCUGCCAAGGCACGGUACUGGAGGAGAGUCUGGGCCGGCCGGGGGGUGAGAAGGGGCGCAGUCCUGGUGUGCGGGAGGCCCUGGAGUAUGUGUGUCCCCAGCUCUCCCUCAGCUGCCUGCGCCUCGGCCAGUCUGGGUCACACACGGAGGAGGCGCUCGCUAGACUGGAUGAGCUCGGAGUCCACAACAAGUUUAAGGUCGGCGUGCUGUACUGCCGCGCCGGCCAGACCACCGAGGAGGAGAUGUACAACAACGAGAGUGCGGGCCCGGCCUUCUCGGAGUUCCUGGAGAUGCUUGGCCAGCGCGUCAGACUCAAGGACUUCGACAAAUACCGGGGCGGCCUGGACAAGAAAACGGACUCCACGGGGCUGUACAGCGUCUACAACCAGUACCGGGACAUGGAGGUGAUGUUCCAUGUCUCGACGCUGCUCCCCUUCACCCCAAACAACCGCAAGCAGCUCCUCCGCAAACGACACAUCGGGAACGACAUCGUGACCAUCAUCUUCCAGGAGCCCGGAGCACCGCCCUUCAGCCCCAGGCAUAUCCGCAGCCACUUCCAGCACGUGUUCAUUGUGGUCCAGGCCAUCAACCCCUGCACCGAGAACACGCAGUACAGAGUGACGGUGAGCCGGUUCAGGGAUGUGCCUCUCUUCGGCCCCAUGAUGCCAGAGGGCGCCACCUUCCCCAAGUCCAAGGCCUUCACUGACUUCCUCCUGGCCAAAGCCAUCAACGGUGAAAUGGCCGCCCUGCGCUCGGAGAAGUUUGCCGCCAUGGCGACGCGUACCAGACACGAGUACCUGAAGGACCUGGCGCUGAACCACUCCACCUCCACCACCCUCGACACCUCCACCAAAUUCUCACUCAUGGGAUUCUCAAGAGGCAGCAAAAAGGACAAGCGUGGCAUUAAGUACAUUCCAGAGGCCUCGGUGCGCGGGGCUCUCUCAUGGCCGCUGACGGUGCACGACGCGGCGCUGCAACAGAACGUGGACUGUGUGCUGGGCAUCUCGGCGGACUCCCUGGUGGUGGUGGAGGAGGCUUCGGCGGCUGUGAUCUUCGCCGCGCCCUGCAAGAGUGUCAUCGGUUGGACCCUCAGGCCGCAGCAGGGGCUGCGGGUCUUCUACCACCAGGGGGAAUGCUUGCUAGUCCACCUUCGCCCUGGGACCCCCGAGGCGGAGGGUGAGGAGGUGCUGGCGGAGGUGGUGGCCAGACUUUCCGCCGUCACCCAGGGAGCAGAGACUCAGGACCUGGUGCUGCGACGCAAUCCUGCCGGCCUGCUGGGGUUCAACGUGCAGCAGGAUGGCGUCAUCACCGAGGUGGAGCCGUACGGUCUGGCCUCACAGGCGGGGCUGCGGCAAGGCGCCAGGCUGGUCGAGAUCUGCACUGUCACCCUCGCCACACUGUCCCAGGAGCAGAUGGUGGACCUCCUCAAGACCUCCAUGACCGUCACCGUCACUGUGGUGCCGCCACACCCUGACGGGGCGCCCCGCCGGGGGUGUAACGUCCCCACCUGUGGCUUCCUCCUGGGGGGCAGCGAGGGGGACUACGAGAACCUCACCACGCCGGAGCAGCUGUCUGGCCGCAAGCACCACCACCACCACCACCACCAUCACCACCCGCACCACCACCGCAAGUCGCACCACCGGGAAGGACCCAGGUAUGACCGCAGCCUGUCGCCUCCACGUUCCAGCAGCAGCUCAGGCUAUGGCACUGGCAGCUCCUCGCGCUCCUUCUCCGACCACCUGGACCCUGCACGGACCGCCCCGCACACCUCCCUGGACCACCCCGGCGACAGACAGAACAACAACACCACCACAAACAACGCCGCCAACAACAACAACAACAACAGUGGCAGCAGCAGCGGGGACUACGAGACAGCCGGGGAAGGCGAGCGCAGCGGUGGCGGCGGCGAGGCGACCGGAACCCUGUCCAGCACCAGCUCCGGCCACUCGAGCGACCGAUGGACCGAACCGCUAGACGAGCCAGCUGACUCUCCCCCACCCCCCCUCCCUGCACGCUCAGCCCAGAGCACCAAGAGACGCGGGGAGUUCUUUCACCCAUUCCAGGGGCGCGGCACGACCUCCUCCCCCGCCACCCACCACCACCACCCCCAACACCCACACCAGCACCAGCCAGCAUUCCCCACACCACAGCAACCCCCUCCGUCAGCCUCCCCUACGACAUACCCCACACUACACCACCCCACGUACACCUCCAGCUCCCCCGCCCCACCCCCCACCACGGGAUGCCCCUCCGCUUCCCCCUCGCCCACCCUGGCCUGGCCCCACCUCCCCCAUGAGUCCCCACAGGCCUCGGACAACGAUAAUUACGCGGUACCUCCCCCCCACCCCCGACCGCUGCUUCCUGCCACCUCGGAGGAGUCAUCGCGAGUGCCCAGCGUGGGUGACUACGACAACGCUCCCCUGCGGCCCAGCGAGGCGACGGCAGCGGUGCGCGUGAGGAGCGGCAGCAGCGAUCAUGCCGUCCCCAGCCCCCCGCCAGGCAUCACCCAGGGACAGGUGAGUGAGUACCUGGCGUGGCGUAACGAGCGUCUCAACGGUAACAUGCGGUCCAGUAGUCUCCCCGGCCACCUGCCUCGCCCCCCCGGCCAGGACGACACGCCAGCCUCCGCCCUCGACCGCCUCCACCCCACACGCAGCGAAGAUGAGCUCUCAGGGGGCAGCGGCUCCCCCAGCAGCCGCCGCCAGCACCGUGGGGGGAGCGUCACCCCCUCCUCCGCAUCCUCCCGGAACCAGUCACCGCGCACAGUGGCGGCGGAGGCCCGGUUGAGGCAGGCGGCUGCACCACGCAAGACCAGCCAGCGCAACUCGGCCAACCUCGGUGCCUCAUCAAACCUUCAGGAAGAACUGUUUCGCCUCAUCAACCCGGACUACAUAUCAGAUAGUGACGCCUCACGGGAGGGAGCCGAGCGGCCGCGAGCAUACAGUCUUGGGGUGCCCACCGUCAGCCGCAGCACCACCACCACAGACAAACCCUCAACCAAGGCGGGAGGAGCAGGAGGGCCAGGUGGUGAGCGUAACAACCCUCCCAUGCAUUUACUGAGCUCCAGCAAGCCCCCGCCCCCCCAGGCCACAAGCAUGGGGUACAGGAGCCACACUCAGCAGCCACACCCGGCCCUCGUUCCACCCAUGGCCCGAGACAGCCCUCCCGACGGGCAGCAACAGAGCACCCAACAGACGGAGGUGGCCGAGGUGGUGGUCUUGACUGCCCGGCCGGCCACCGUCAUCUCAAAUUCAUCCGCCUCCAGCCCAGCGCCGGCCACGGAGCAGAAGGGUGGGCUGGCGGCAGACCACCGGCUCAGGGGACAGAAGGACAGCAAAGGCCACGGGCGCAGUGACCCCCCAGAGGACAAGAAGACUCAGGACAGCAGCGGGUGGGAGCGCGGCAAUGGCCCAGGGCUCGACGUUGACCAGGAGUGGACCAGCCUGGUGAACACGGCGACCCAGGCCAUCGAGAAGAGCGUAGAAGUGGGGGGAGGGCCGGCCCGUCCCCCGCCCCCAGCCCCCUCCCAGUGGCCGCCCCACCACCUCCCCCAACACAGGGCGGGCGACGGCAGUGGUGGGUCAGAAACGCCCAUCCUGCACGACCGCGUGGUACAGCUGGAGCGGCGUCUGGCGGCCGAGCAGCAGCGGUCAGAGCAGCUGGAGGAUGAGGUGAGUCAGCUGCGCAGCGAAAACCGCAAGCUGCAGGAGGACAGCCGCGCCGCUGCCCAGCAGCUGCACCAGUUCACCGAGUGGUUCUUCAACACCAUCGACAAGACGUGAAGAAGAGAGUGCCGGCUGGUGCUACUGUCUCACUCCUCCAGCACAUCUCAACCCCCCCAGAGAAAGGUGGAUACUGUCACCUCCUUCAGCAGCUACUCCACCUGUCUCUCCCCCAGCACCCCCAAAGAUAGGGAGGGUGUUGUUACCCUCCCCUGCAGCUGACCCACCUGUCUCUCUCACCCCCAAAGAUAUAGACUUACAGAGGGUACUUCACCCCCCCACACCCACGCUGCACCAGUUCACCGAGUGGUUGGUCAUCAGUGACGAGACAAGAAGCAACACACACCCAGCUUCCUGUCUCUGGUGGUUCAUUGUGCAGACAGCAGCCAGAUUGUAUUCUCAGCAGCUAGAAGUUGGUCUCCGGGGCAGCUUCAGACUUCAGCCAUAACACAACAACUUCUGUGGCCUUGAGCAUAUCUAUAAAGUUUAAUUAAUGAUUCAGAGGAGCGAACAUAUCAACUGCUUUGCAGAACUGCCUGUAGUGCUCUUGUUUUAUGACUUGUUCAACACAGUGUAGUAGUCAUGUGUACUUCCAUGUAUCUUUGAAACAUAUUACUCAUGAUAAUACAGGCUUGCUGAUCCCAAGGCUGUAGCUCUGGCAGCAAACAAAUUUGCUCUCAAUGUUUUCUGGAGACUGCAGCCAAAACACAUCGUGCAGGAACAACGAGCUGAACUGGAAAGCAUUGUAUUCAAGAUGUACUAAUAGCUUUUGUUGGUACCCAAUUGGCGCAGAACAGGGAUUUAAUUAAGCCGGGACACCUGUCCCACUCAGCCUCUUCUCAUGUCUCACCCGGGCUGCCUCCAUCCCUCGUCAGCCGCUGAGAGAACUCGGCAAGCCUACUUAACUCUAACCUGAGCUGAAAGUGCCUUUUUUCAUUGUUACCAAGCUGGCGUUGCCCCACACUCCUGCCGGUGGGCUCCACUGCACCUCACCCACCCCCACCAGCUGCCCCACACAGCCACGAGGAGAGCCCGGGCAGCGCCGCAUUGUUUGUCUUACUCCCCAAAUGGAACUCCUCCGAGUGCCUCGUCUCUACAUGUUGACUAAAGCCAAAGAGUGUUUUGUUUCUCCCUCUGGGAUCGAGAAAAUUUAUUGACCGUGAUGUACAAUAAACAAAGCGUUUAAGCCAAGUAACUGAAGCUAGGAUGUAAGGUGCCAGCCCUGCCCUGGUCUGUAUUUAGUAAUGUUGCAGCAAAUGUGUGCGCUGAGAGGAUUAUCUUGUCUAAAAAGAUCUUUUGUUGUGAAUUUAAGGACUAAAUUUAGAAUCCACUAUAAUUAUUUUGAGUUUGGAUCUGUGUGUGUGUGUGUGUGUGUGUGUGUGUGGACGCUGCAACACUUAGCACUUUUAGGACUAUUAGAGUAUAUUGAUUACUUUUGUAUCAGUUUUUAUUUUUGUCUGUAAUAGAAUAAUAGAAAGUUAACCUGAACCCACAUGUCUUUCUCCCUCUGAACGGGGCCAGAAAACCACCAAGCAUACCGAGUACAACUUUAUUAUUAACAAUAUACCAUUACAUAUUAAUACCGUUUAUACAAUGCACACACCUUUAACAAUGACAACCAGAGCCAUCCACAGAACAGGACGAUGGAAAGCACAUACUGCGGAGCCCCAUCAACCCUCGCGACACACAACCCUUCCUUGAGCCUUUGCGUUGUUCCCUUGGCAAACAGCGGCCAGAGGAACAGUACCAGUGAUUUGAUUGGGGUCUGUUGAUCUGUCGCGUCCCCCGGCCACGAUUUGCCAAAGAUACAACGCAACGCUUACGAAAAGUAGUCUCUGCCGAAGGUUCACGUGCAUCACAUCCACACGGAAUGUUGAUUUCUUAGUUGCAUUAGUGAUUAAAUUUUCCCCCACGAUAUACUCCUGCAAUAUCUCCAGACUAAUAAAAAUAAUCAAUAAAACGUACACACGAUGACAGCAACCUCCCUCUAUAUGUACCUACAGGAUCACCUACACUGCCGACGGCUAGGCGGUCCGAGCCGCCCGCCAGGUGGUGAGACAGGCGGCUGUUGUGCUCAGAAGGUUUUGUUAAGGCCUGGCAGGACCCGCAGUAAUAAAUAAAGGCAAAUGCCGCCCUGCCAGGACCGCCGGGCAGGGACGGCAGCUGCUGGGUCUCUGCCACGCCGUUUCCCCCACCUCUGCCGUGCCACUCUCUCGCCCUAACCUUCCCUAAGCAUCCCUAAGGGUCUAGACGUUACCUGACACUACAAAGUAUUCAAACGACUGUAUGAUAAGUACUUAAGUUACUUCAAGGCCGGCUGGCUUACUCUGUACCUCAAAAGAAUAAGCUAAUUUAUCUGUAGCUGUAUAUAGAUGUAGUAAAAGUUUCUCUCAAUGUUGACUAUGUGCAUGCAGAGGCAGUGUGUGUACCUAACCGUGUGUACGUCAAAGGACAGACACGCACACAACGUACGACACCCUCUCUACACACUGCCAGCUGAUCUAAGGCUUCCCACUGGGCAGCGUGGGGCUAGAUGUACAACCAUAAAGUGUCAGUUUCACGGGUCUGUUUGCCGGCUGCUCUUGGCUGCUUGUGAUGGCUGUCUGGCUGCUGAGGGGCAAUGAGUACUUUGUGCAAUCCAUCUUAGUGGUGUUGGUGCUGCCGCUUCAUCCACGUGCUCCACUAAGGUGAAGCAGGAUGACCCAUGAGGGAAUAUUAGCCAAAAAUACAUCUUAGGACAUGUUACCCAGGAUGCAUCGUGAGGGGGUGCUGCCCGCCUCGCGACGCACAGGAAGACAACAUAAACAGCCUAGAAACAAGACACAAAUGGGGUCCUUGUUGGACGUCCACACUGAAGUCACGGCAAACUAGAGCAGCAGCAGCAGCAGCAGCGUUGUUGUUGGUGGUGGCAGCGGCAAUAUUACGAGGAGGCUUAAGUGGGGAAGGGGAGGAGGGGGGGAGGAGGGCGGCAUCACAAUUUACAUUUAUACAUAUACAGGCAAACCACCUCCUGGCUCGGCAAAGAAAGGCCCCUGGGAAUUAUGCACUGGUCUCUCUCCGCACACCACAGAUGGGUUACGAUAUACAUAUUAUUUAUAACAGUUAAAAUAUUCACAUCAAUAACCAACGUCACAUGAGGAUGGAUGAAGGGAUGAGAGGAAGGAAGGAAAUGGAAGAGAAAGG